AUGAUUGCGAUAAUGACGAAUAUACAGGUUAAAGUCAUCAAAAGGGUAAAACUUUGUUUUAGAAAGAAAAUUCAAGGAUUUAUAAGUGGGAUAUCUGGAACCAAAGUGUACAACACUUUCAUCCAACUUCAAAAGGAUAAAAAGAAACAAGCAGCAAAGAUUAAACGCAAAUACAGUGCUUAUGUCGAUAAACAUCCAUUCCAGCCAAAAUCAAAAACUAUUCAAUGGAAUAGAGAAAUGUAUACGGGAGUAGAAGAAUUAAAACAAAUAAUAUUAAACAAUCACGUAAACCAAAAACUAGGAUAUUGGUUGGAUAUUCAGUUUGGGUAUAUGCUAAGAAAUGUAGAGAAUAAUGAAAUAACUAACUUCUAUUCAUCAGAGAAUACAUCGUUUUUCAAUGAUGAAAUCCCAAUGAUUAAUAAUGCUCAUCACAGACAUCCAAAACAGAGAUUGGACAGAUUUUCAAGUAUUGCUAAAGAACUCUUUGAAGAAUACUACAAAAAGAGUUUCAAUAAUUAUCAAGGCGUGGACGAAGCAGAGCUUGAGUCUAUCGAGAAUUAUUUUUCCAUCAAAAUCAAUAUCUACAGUACCACAGAAAAGAAAGCUAUCUUGCUACGACAUUCGAAUAAGCAAUUGAGUGAUAUUCUCAAUUUAAAUUUGUAUACUGAUAAGCAAAUCAAUCACUUUUUCUACAUCAAAACCAUCAAUAUAUUAUCCAAAACAUUCCAGUGUCCUGAAUUCUUUGAGGAAGGGAAUUAUAAGCCUACACCAUCUGUUUUUGAAAAGCUGAAAGUAAACGGUAUACUUGUUUCAAAAGAGUUGCGAUUUCAUCCUUACUUUAUUUUCUAUGAUGUUGAGACCUGGUUAAGGCCAAAUGAAUCAAAAUCUGAUACAAAACUACAGUAUCUUGGAACACACGAAUUGCUGAGUAUUAGUCUUAUGGGCAGUGGGGAAGAGAAACCUGAAUUUAUUCCAGUAGAAGGAACAACUACAGAGGCAUUGAAUAUUAUGAUUAUUAAGAUGAAUGAAAUAAGAAAGAAAUAUCUUCACAUGUUGUAUCCAAACUAUUGUGUAUUUUUCAAACAUAUUGCUAAAAUUGAUGAUGAAAAGAUAAGAUGUUGA